GUUUUAGUGUUGGUGUUCGGCAGAACACGCUCACUGAUUUCCAACCAGUAACUAGCUUUUAUUGUCAGCCUAAGUGUUGGGAAAGCAUCUCCCAACUAAACAGUUUCUUUACGCCUCAAGAUAACCGCUGUUUGACUGCGCGAAAGUGGGCAUUGUAAAGAAAAAAAUGCAUCUAAAUAUUUACGUCCCUGUGAAUUUUUAUUCGGAAGAACGCGGGGUUUGUUUUGCGUUGAACGUGUCUUAGUUUAAGUAGAAAACAGUGUUUGUAGGACGUGUUUCGUUUCGGGAAUCGAUUGUGUCAACACAAGCUCAGUUUUGGAUGAUCGGGUUGAGGCAGGUUUAAUCGCGAGAUGAACCGCAGGACUCGCAUUUCGAUUCAGCGUUGUUCUCUUGGUGUUGCGUUGCUUGUUUUUUGUCACCAGGCGUUCCUUCCACUCCUAGCGACUUGCUGCGUGUGAUGUGAAGUUGAGAGUGAAUCUGAAUGUGUGCUCAACGCUAAAGAGUUUUAGCGGAUUGCAACCGAAACUCGUUACUACGGUUUGCAUCUGGCACGUUGUCUUUGACUCAAAUUGGCUUGGAAAGUCUGGUCUCCUAGACUUCUCGAGAUGGAAUUUCAAAGGGGUCGACACCCUAAACCGAAACAGAGCUAUUCGGAAGAAGGGCCUCCCGUCGACGCAAGGCCUAGGGUUUACCCCAAACCCAGGCAUAGCAACUCCGAGGAAGGGCCGGCACCUGGCGAUCAGAGAUAUCGGCAGAUGGGCUUUACUCGCGGUUUCAGCCUUGGAGAGGAAGUUGGAUGGAGAGAUGGCUACCAACUCGGAUUACAGCGAGGAGCACAAAUUGCUACUGAGCUCGGAUUUUAUCAAGGUUUCGUACAUGCAUGGAUAACAGUCUUGGAACGUGAAGAAAUCGCAAAGCAGAGGAAAAUGGUGGCCCUGAAAGCGCUUCUCGAAAUGACGAAGAACUUUCCCCAGGUCAACAUCGCAGACGAAGACAUGUUUGAAAAACUGCACAAGAUCCGAGCGAAGUUCAAGCAGGUUGUGGCAAUAUUGAACAUCAACACGCAAGAGACAGAACUCCAUCCCGAGGGAGAGCCAUCGUCUCCGCGACCCGAGAUGUCCUUCUGAUGACCUUCGAUUUCCGGGGUGCCCACCGACGAUGUGGGCAGCAGCAACCCCGAGCCCGAGACUGCGGUGGCAAUAGCGUCGACUCCGGCGUCAUCCCCGACGGCAACCGCACCUGCCGUCACGGCUAUUGUCGCGUCACCGCACCCCAAUGCUCAAAGAGUGACCCCGAUUCCCGUCCGGCCCCAGCGCCGGCGGUUUUCGGCUCCGGCUUCGUCUAGUUCGACGCAGCAGUGCUGCGUGCUGUGAGAACCGACGCCCUCUGCCGGAUGAAUUCGCUGCCACAACUUGCCAGGGACGUGGCAGCUCUUUCUCUGGAGGGGUUUCCUCACAGAUUGGAUCAAAAUUAUUGAGCCAGCACUUUGUUGACGGAACAAGUUAGCUAAUUUCGUGGCGGGAUUGACAGUCUUCAUGAAGACUAUAUACUGUAGCAACAGCCUGCUACAACCUGGUGUGCCGAAGUUUGAACCAUAAAAUGAAGUCAUUCUAGCUGGCCUCAUGACCUUGACUUCAGUCAUAAAGGGUAUUAUUCUCUAGUGAGAGGAGAUCUACUGCUUAAUCUUUUUGUUAAAAAUUUUCUACCGAGGCAGUAGGUAUUAGGGAAAAAUAAAUGAAUCUGUCAGAUAAAUAAAUGAAUCUGUCAGAGCACAAUAUGGAUACAUCUUCGCAAGUAUCAGCCAUGCAGGUUUUCGUUAACUAUCAGCUGGAACGACAACAUUGACAAUUACUCGGAGUCUGCUGUACUUAUAAUGCGCAAAAAUGGUUUCGGUAUGCGUUUAGAAAUGGUUCAAGUAUCGAACACAUCAAGAAUGCAUCGCUUUACAUAGAUGCAACUGAUGUGUGGUCGGCAUUAUCUGUUUUAACACUCUGUUUUAGUGUGCCACUAUCGGCUGUUUUGCCAUGCUUUUAAGUGUAUUGGUGACAAGAUUGGCAUUAUCUGCAACAUCAUCACAUCAAAACUGGAGAAUAAGUCGAGGCAAGCGGCAUUGCUCACUUGUUACUGCGCCCGACCGACCAAGCCGCUGCUACCGUUUUUAUUGCCUGUUUCUCGCGGCCAGGAUACGAACCUAAGGUGGGCUGAAGUCUGGUUAUAGGUCACUCUCUUGCUCAUUCCAGUCAUGAUUCUGCUUGAUGCGGGUAACUUCACUGAUGCCACCUGCCCUACUGAAAUGUUUUGUAUGCAUUCCAACAGUUUCUUGGGUUGUCUGCAAAAAUUUUACGGAAAUUCGAUGGUACUAAUGCAGAAUUUGCAUGUACUCCAAAAAUUAUAUGGAGCUGAAUUGCUGGGAUUCGAAUGGCAUAUGAAACUUUUUAGUAGGUGCGCACGCCUAAGGUCCAUGCUGGACUCCAAGGGAACACUGCCACAGAACCAACGUUUACCGCACAGUUCCCUACACUUUGGCGCCUCCUUCUUGUAUCUUUAUACAACAGGUGCACGUGUGUGCGUCUCUCGUCAGUUCUGGCAUUGAAACUGUGAAGAACUGAAUUUUUGUUUUUCUUACAUGCCCCACAGUACUCUGUGAGCCAAGUUUCACUGCCCAGUGGGUUUGUGGCAGCUGAAGUAGCUACUACGUACAUGUACAAACAUUUUACACUUGGUGUUACUGAAUGGCUUCGAGAGUGCGUACCACAGAGAAGCUCCAGACUUGCUUUGUAACAGACGUAGGCCUGGGUGCAUCUGGGCUGAUAAAUGUAACCAGCUUGUUGCUUAAAACCUCUCUCAAACUGUGGCUGGUAAAGCAAUGUUAUAGUAAUGGCCUGAAAGUGCGUAUGGUGCCGGUGUGACAGAGAAGCAGUUAUUCUAAUCUUCUGAGUGGAGAUUUUCUGCAUCACCAUUUUUCCAAACCUCUUGCUUAUUGCUGAGAGCGUACAGACUGUCAUUGGGCUCUCUGAAUCUUGUCAUGAGAGGCUUUAAGAGCGAUGUCGAUGUAUGGCAAAUGCAACAGAUUUUACAGCUUCAGCACCGUGGUCUGAAUUACAUGAGAGCCUGCGAGCGUUUUUCAGCAAAGACAAUUGUGUGCAAACACGCAACACAUGCGCUAAACGUUUCCUGCUCGAUAACGCAUUACUUGUUUUUUUAAGCCUUGUUAUAAUGUAUAACAGGUACUGAAGUUUGGGACUGGAUAAAAUUUUCAUGUUCUAAUUUCGGCUUAAUCGGUGACCAUAUAUUUCACUCGGAAAUCAUUUAAGUCAGCACUAAGGAAGGACAGUCUUCCUGAAAAAUUUCCAGGUCGAGACUUAUUCUGGGGACUAUCCAGCAAACUUAAAUAUUUAUGAGCUUUAAAAACAAGCAGCUUCACGUCCGAGAUUUCGUCAAGUGCUGGGGUUUCAACACAAGCCUUUCACUGCUCAACCAUUUGGUUGAGCAUUUGGUGGUUGUGCAAUCACUGGCUCUGCAAAUUCUGAAACGAACAGUUGAGCUUGUGAGAUUUAUUAUGCAGUAAAAAUGCUUGAUGUUGCACAAAUGCAGAAUCAUUGUGCUGCUGUUGUGCUUUUUAGUUGUUUUUUUUUUCUUUUGAAUCUUCCACCACCUCUUCAUCACUCCCCUACAUGGUUCUCGUGUCAUGCAAUUAAAGAUUUCAGCCUGCCAUUAUCAUUUACCAGGCGCACUUGUUAAUUCACUCACAGUCUUGGUCUAAAACUAAUCUGUGAGGCUCAAAGCUCUUGUGCGUGUUGAAUAUUUUUUUAAUUCUUUAAGCUGAGACGCUUUGACAAUUGCUUGGCUGGACGCCAACUGGCGCGCUCGACAUUAGCCAUGUUGCAGUUACGAUUGGCUCUCAGCUAAUCACGGCUCAUUUCAUCCGAUGUAACUUUAACUUCAUGAGUGGUUAUAACAUGCACCAGUUGAAGCCCGCUUGCACGCAGUUAUGUAUGUCAGCAGUUAUGCUCCAGCUAUGAACCGUUCAGCCAUUGCACGCUUUAUGUAAUGCAAGGUGGACCACUCGGAGGUAGCCCCAACAUUGUAGAUCUCAUCGCUUCAAAGAUUGGAGGAUUCCGCCUAAACUUUCAAUGCCUUGCCCUGUACAAGAACACAGAAAUAAGUAAGACUCUGGUCUACCAACCAGAGUCGGCGGAGAGUCACAAUGGCUAACGCCACUGGGGAAGCCAAGGAAAGUUUAACACUCAUGAAGUACACAUGGCUUGGACAUUCAUUCAAGGAACCUGUGUACGGCAUAAUUAAAAAAUCAAACACUUUGAGCACCUGGACGGAAAACCUAGUGCGCUUUGAUGAUGGUGAGCUAGCUUGAUUAUACAGUAUAGAGAUAAACAUUCACUGAGGUGAGCUGAAAUCAUAUUCACAGUGGUAGCCUAAAAUAUUGCAAUUAUUUCAAAUGAGUGAGUUAAGAAGUGGAAAAAGAUACAAAAAUCAGCCGAGAGAACAAAUUUUCACAAUGAACAGAAUGCAUCAAUCUUUUUGACAGUGUAAAAAUUUUUUACCUUUGGAGUUCUAGUGUUGUCCUUCAUUAUUUACUAAAUUCUGGAGCUUCCGCUUUACAAUCGCUACAAUCAUAGCCCAAAAAUGGCAUCAUCAUUUUCUGAGUGCUAACGCGAAAUCGCCAGUUUAUUUGUGCCUGGCUUCACGCCCUGUACAAGGAAGCCUCGAUUCAACAAGGUCAUAGAGCACACGAAAAGAGCUUAUUUAUUUUUAUGUUAGUGUGAACACAUAUCUGUUAAAUUAUCGCAUUGGUGAAACAACUACUGUUUUUUUUUAUGGGGAAAAUUCUUAAAGUAUUUCAUUGUUGCUGUUAUAUUCGUCAUAGACAAUAAUUCGUUAGAAAAGCUUAUUUGUAUUGACUGUUUGUUCUAUUUAGUUGAGGCUGUAUUGACAACCUUGGAGGCUAUCUUUGAAUGGUACACCCUGUGCACAGUCAGUACUUGUCCAGUACUGAUUCUUCGAGGCUAGCUUUGAAUGUUACGCCCAAUACACUGCUAAAUGCAGCACAAUGACGAGCUUUGGUGGUCCGCACUGAGAGGCAAAUUGCGUGCAUCAAUGGCCUGCCUCUGCUUUGAAGCGUUGCAAUGUUUAUUUUGUCCAGCCUGCAUGCACCUUGUUCACGUGGCAGUUGCCACUGCACUGUUUUAUCUCUCUGCACACUAUUUCUGAUGAUGUGCUCAGUCGAGCUGGUUGUACUGUAUUGCUGUUUCACACUCUUUUGCGUGCACUGUGGUGAGGUUGUUUGUGGUCUUGUGUUGGUGUUUCACUUCUUGCGAAGAGGGUUCGGUUCUUCCAGAGGGGUGUUUGAACAUGUUGUACUAGAAAUGAUGUAGCGUUCUCCCGUAUGUAACUAUGUUUUCCUAUCAAGUUGUGAUGAUUGUCAUUAAGACAAGAACUUUUAUAUAACUCCAGUGAAUUUGGGUGGGAUGGACGGCAUCUUUCUGCAAAAGACAUUUGUCCUUUAGAUGACUUACGUAAAUGUCACUGCUUUUUCUCAUGUUGAUGCAUUUCUGACAAGUUAUCACUUAUUUUGUACAUGCAAGAAAAGGUUGCAAGGAUCAUAGUGUGACUGAAUUUCGAUUAUCUCUCUGUAGAACAGAUGAAUUUUCUGGCUCGUUUUUAUACUUUGUGUCUACAUAUGUAGUUUACAAUCAACUCUUUCUACUCUGUCCUUAAAUCGAGGGAAGAUACAAAGGAUUUCAAAUUAAGUUGCUUUUCUGAUGUACUACCGGUGUCAAAUGAUUCGCGAACAGCGGCAAGCCUUAGUUGCGGUGUAGUGUGCGCACAUCAGUGCUGAUGACUGGAGUGCACGCACAUCCACUCAGACUGCAGUAUGCAUAUGUGUGCCUGUCCGCGAUGGGGACUGGAUGGCGCGCACUAUGCUAUUACAAAUGCUUGUCACUGUUCGGGAUUCAUUUGAUGCAGAUAGUACAAUGGAACUUAAACAGAUGAACUGAUGUACAGAAUGCCAGUACUUGAAGGCAGUUUAUAUUAUCGCUGUGUAAAAGUUUCAGCAUAUUACGAUUUGACACUAGAUACUGUUAAAAUUGAUUUCAGUUCAGUAGUACAAUGAAAUAGCAGCCUUUUCAUUGUGUUUGCGCAUUCAAUAUAGAGCUGCUGCGCCGCUUAGCUCAUGACCUGUUUACUGCAAUAGGACAGAAAUGGGAAGAUUUUCAAGCACCUAAAUCGCAAACGAGAAUGAAAAUUAUCCUGGGCACCCCACCAUGCUUUGCCUCAUUGUUGACCGUGGUUUUGACAGCUGAGAAUGUAAUUAUGCUUUUUAGGACACUUUCAUUUGAAUAUUGGCCAUAAUGCAGAUUGGUUGUUUAUUCUUUUCCUUUCAUAUCUUAAGUUUCUGUCAGUGAGCUAUGGAGCAAAAUGUCAAUCUUUUAGGUUAUUCAUGAUGUCUUUAGUUUUUCUCUGUGAGCUUUGGAGCGAAAUCUCAAACUCUUAAGUUAUUGUUGAUGUAAACCAUGUCACGUACACGUUGUUGCAUUUACGACAAGUUUCGUCUACUUGAGCAAUGUCUCAUUCGCCUUGCUCAGGCAUGAGUACAAUCUGUGGGAUCAUGGCUCUUGUGUAUCAUUUUUGCAACAGUUCACACAUUUCUCUGGAAAAACUGAAUCCCUCGUGUGUCUCUUUCUUGGUGACCGUGGUCUCGACUGCAUCUUUUUCUGCACCAUUGGUGCCACCUGCCGCGGUGACGACGACUCCCCGCCAACACUGCGCCGUGUGGGAAGCUGUAGGUGACAAAACGAGUGUUGUCAACUUCACUGCCACAUUCCAGAUUAGAUUGGUGGUGUCUAAUGCCAGUACAAAAAAGAAAUGCACGUGCUGCGAUGCAUUUAUAUGCUUUUGUAAGAAUGUGCAACUUAUACUGCCAUAUGUGUGCACGGCAAACAGUUUAAGUUUACCCAUGUAUUUGACAUUCCACUGAUGCAUAAGUGAAUGAUGCCACGAACAUCCGUAUUUUAAUGCUGAAAAUGUAUUAUCGUGUUGGUACUUAUUAUCUAUAUCACACAGCUUCAUUUGAAGAAGUACUAGCAUGAAACUUUCUAUUUAAUUAAUCACAUAAAUCAAGUUAUAUAGUUCUUACAAAAAAUCGUUUGAGGCUCAGUAUUACAGGUGGAGUAAGCCACACACGGGCAAGCGCCUCUCUGGGUCCCGCUUUGUCUGUGUGUUGUUCGUACCUCUAACCGCUUCUCGGUGGGAUCGAGUUGAACUAGCCAAAGACCAGAAGUUACUAAUAAAUGCAUUAUUCUCUACUGAUAUCGGGACAACCGUUGAAGAACUCCUAAAUUUAUUUUAAUGCUUUCGGUGAACGAGUCUUAGUUUUCACAUGUAGCGGGAUGUUGGUGGGUCAGUAUUUCUUGAAACAAUGAGUACCUUCAUUAUGGCAUCUUCUGUUGCUGCUGCUAAAAACAGUGAAAAGAAACAUUCACAAUACAUCUUCUUUAUUAUUCCGUGAACAAUUUCAUCAAAACUCACCCUAUUUCCAGGCUGUGUUGACUUUUUUGGUGCCAUGUGAUGACUUCGCAAUAAGGCAAUUAACACCAGCUCUUGCAUUUCUGGGUUGGUGUCAGUGUGAAGCUUAAAUACCUCAUCAGUUGGAAAACUCGCACGCUAUUUUCUACAACUUCAAAAGUAAAGCUUUAGUGCUGCUUAAAAAUGCACGAUCAGGAUUUCAAUGGAACCUGCAACAAAGAUCUUGUUCUUUAGUUUCUGUAUAUUAAUUACAGUAUCUGGCUUGUUAGUAUUACAAGUGCUACUUCCUAAAGUUUACAUAUAUGCCGCUGUUAAGGCUUGUGAGCCCGUGUCACAUAAUGAGCCAAUUUGAAGUUGCAGAGUGUCGAUCGUUCUUUGGAAGCACUGAAUUUAGUUGAAUGGGUUCCAGAAAAUUAAUCUAGUUUUUGCACUGUCUUUUUGAUCAAAAGCUGUUAUGGAACAGUUAUCCAUGCAGCCAGGUGGUGGUAUCGGUUGACUUUUCAAGAGAUGGCAAUGUUGCACUGAACUGGAAUUAGUUCCAAUUGUUUUGUGCAUGUAUGCGUGUGCACUCUCUGUGCAAGAACUGUUGAGUGCAUCUGAGGUGUAGCUUGGAAGGAAUUUUUAUUAGCUAAGUAAGAUGUCAGCAAUUUGUCAAAUUUUAUGAGCAGUUGUGCCAUACUACCAUUGAAUUAGAAAAAUAACACUGAAGUUUAUACAGCAUUUGCUGUGAAUAUUUUGUUGCUGUAUAGGUAUUAGUUUUGAAAAAGUCUCAUCCUUUCUUACUUGGAAUCCUUACAAAUGAAAGUUUCAUAAGAUAUUAGACUAUAGCAUGCAUUUUAGUUAUACUAUUAGAAAAAUAGAAGCAAUGAUGAACACAUACAUUUUUUUAGUCAGAUCAGUCUGCUGUUAAUAUGAAUGAGGAGUAUUUCUAGUAUUAUUUUAUUUUUCUCUGAAGCUCGAAAACCAUUUUUAUUGAAUGGUCAUGCAUUUUUUUAUACAUUUAAUUUAAGUGUCGAAUGGCUAUAGCAGUGCUAGUGUUGAAUUUUUUUAGGAAAUGAGGACUUCUCACUUCAUAUGAUAACGGUAAAUUUAGUGGUGCAAGGCUAAAUUCUGGGACUUGCGUCUUAUAGUAGCUAGAUUGAUAACCACACAAUGGUUGGACUUGUUAAUGUGACGUAUGGCUCCUGAAAAGCUGUAGCAUUGGCCAGUUUUAAUACUGCAUACAUUGUGUCUGUGACUGUGUUUUCAUGGACUCAGUGUGCACAGUACUAAAACUUGCCGUUGUCAGUAUUAGAGUUGCACAGUGUGUCUAUGUACGUGCAGUCUCAACUGUAGGCUUGUUGGAACGAGCUUCGUUCAAAUCCUGGAUCGCAAUCUUUCAUGUGUGGUGUCCCUGAUAGGUAGUGCGUACUUUUCCAAGCCAUACCUCCCGAGCCUUACGACGGCCUACUUGUUUUUUCACAAAACAGGAAGAGAAUAAGAGAAACAUUAUGCUAUGGCAUAUUUCAAAAAGAGAAGAAGAUGUGAUAAAAGACAUUUCUGCUUGCUCAAAUUCAGCCUUUUGCCUCGUCUCGCAUACGUUUGGCGUUGCUAGCGAAUAUUUUAAGUUUGUUCUUGACAUGAGCAUUUCCGUAUAUUGCCAUAUAGAACUGUUGUUGCUGUUGAUAGAGAGUGUGUAGCUCUAAAGCGUCCAGAACGUGCUUUGCUAUUCUUUUCCUUGAUAAUCUAGACAUGGUUAUAGUUUUGUAGAUGUAGCGAUGGCCUCAAAGCAGCUUUUUUAGGUCUUAUUGGUGGUGUAAGAGUCAUACUGUUCCAAAUUACUUUAGUAACUAGUCAUUGAUCUGAAAGAGCACUGAGCAAAAUUUUCAACUCAAGAUUCUGUGUACAAUGAAAGGCUCUGUAAAGACUAGUUUAUGUGUUUCAGCGUCAUUGCUGUUCACAAUACAAGCGCCAUUAGCCCUGCAAGCAUUUCACUACAGCCUUCGGCUACGUGGUUAUGAUGUAGUUUAGUAAUGCAUUCACUUCAAGUUGUUGAUUAUAUUUCACGCUGCGGAUAUUACUGAAGAAAUAUGGGCUACAAGGUGACGCAACGCAAAAACUGCACAGCUCCUAUUUCAUUGGUCAUCCUUCCUCGGUGCUGUUCACAGCGUGGAUGUACAGCUUGUCCUGUAAACACUUCAUGGCGUUCGGCUUUGUCGAAAGAGUGAAUGGGCAGAAAUCUAACCAUCAUUACUUUUGUAGCUGGAGCUUUUGUUUUCUCACAAAAUUAUCUCAACUGAUAAGAAUUUAAGACUGGAUCACCACCAUCCUGAAAAGUCACUGCAUAACGCUUUAAAAGGGAUACUGAACAAAACUUUUGCUGCUUGGAUUUUAAAUCCACCUAAAAGCUUGGGUUGACAGCCUUAUUUUCAGGCUGAAAGUGGCGCAUCUAGUGGCGGUGCUGUAAGCUAGAAGCGGUGAUGUGUAACUCAUUCGAAACGGACGUGUGAAGCAUGCCAGCCAGCUCCCGCGUCUCUGAACCGCUUCGCUCCCACUGGGGUCGCAAGGAGUUGGUAUGAACGGCACCGGCAUUGAACAGUGCUGCUGGGUGGGGCACGUCUCUGCUCCUUUGUGGGAGGGGGAGAGUUGCAUUUAAAGUAAAGAUGGAGAAAGGAAAGCAACUAGCAGGGACAAGAAAGCGCGCACCUGCCUUCCCCUUACGGCAUGCUCGAUGUCACAACCGUCGACGCACAGCUCUGCGCAUGCAUGCAGCUCCCGCCAGCUCACAAUCCUGAAAUGAUGCAGCCGACUGAUCAAAAUCCGCAAAAUGAACUGUGUUGUUCCGAAUAGUCACGCCUUCCAAUAGAAAUUGAUGUCUUUUCUGCUGACAUUUUUUGUUCGGUAUCCCUUGAAAGAACGUUUGCAAGCAAAGUGUAGAUCGACUAGCUUUUGUCGCAAGAUUCGGGGUUCGGGUAGCAAAGCCCAGUUCUGGACGCGGGUUUAUUAUGGCCGAAUUGGAGCUGGUCUGCGAACAAUUCUGAGUGCCAAAGAGCGUGCCACAAUGAGGUUUUUGCGUACUGUUCUCUGCACAGAUUGGUGUCUGACAAUGCCUCAAAGUGUAGCCUGUGAAAAAGAAAAAAUGCCAAACAAAACGCGGCUAUGUAGUUCAUCGAGUCUUGUAUGGCGUCGUUGGCAGCUCUUUAUAUAUGCUCCAUUUGAAAGACGGUAUACUCCAAACCAUUUCUAUACUCCGCACGUUUUUCUCACAACAGCCAAAGAAAGGGUACUGCAUUGUAUAUGUGGCAUACAUGUUGACUUUUACAUUGUAAGGCUCUGCACAUUUACAAGUUGUCUGCUGUUAAAAAAAAAAUUGUGCUCAUAAUGCUGUACCUUAUUGUUUUGUAUUAUUACGACUGUGUAUUGAAAUCACAUUGUGCAAUGUGUUUAUCUUGAAAGAGAAUCCUUGAAACAUGUCUUUGUUGGCAUUACUAAUAUGAUGCCCAGGUAUCAUGGCUUGCACAUGUCUAGCAGCCAUAUGAAAGCUGCAACUGGUCAGGUAGAGAUUGCGAUGGAAGUUUUUUUGUGCGUAGAAGAAGAAAGGUUAUAUAACGCCGCAUUUCUUCACGGCCCCUAUGGCCAUACGCCUGUGGUACAAAAGGAUUACCCCGCUUUUGCUCACACACUUGUGGGGCUGCGUACAUAAAAUCGCUGACACUCGACACACAGUUAGUAACAGAGAAUCCUUGUACUUUGAGGGAAAAACCUUGUACUUUGACGGAGCCACAAUAAGAGCGAUCACUCUCUAUAAUAAUAUUCUUACUCCAGUUCUUGAUAAAAAUGAUGAAGCAGAGUUCACGUUCAUAUCAAUGCGGCGCUGCUAGACAUUUCAAGCUUGCGUGCUUACCAUGUGCCAGGGUAUUGUUAUUGUUCGUAUUAUUUGAAAUUAUAUUUAUGUGCAAAGUUUUUCUUUGUUUUGUACCAUAUGUACGAGGAGCAAAAUUGCCAAAAGGUAUACAGCAUCCUGAAUUGUGUAAUAAAAUUAUUUCAAGAUUGCCGCAAAAAAA